GUUACUUCCGGUAUUUGCCACGAAAUGUCAAAAUGUUGGGAAAUAUUUGAUAUAUUCCAAAAGAUAAAGAAAAAAUAAAAUGGCAAAUUUUCAUUCAAUGCCUGAUUUAAUAAGUAGCAGUGUUUCUCUUAAAGUUGAAGAUGACAGGAAAGAUGGAACAAAGUAUAAUACAUCGGGACCAAUCUAUCCUUUUGCUCAAGGAAGCAAGUCUUUCCCAAGCACCGUGAUAAAGGAAAUAUCACAAAUAUUGCAACUAAAAGAAGGCAAGAAGAUCAUGAUGUUCUUAGGUUUUAAUACACUGUGUACAGUCAUCCUUCUCACGUGGUGCCAUUCUACAAACAGCAUGGCUCUGACAGCAUUUACAUAUCUUACAAUAUUUGAUAUAUUCAGUCUCUUAACCUGUCUUCUAAGCUUGUGGGUCCAAAGACAGAGGCCAACACCAGCAUACUCAUUUGGUUAUGAACGUUUUGAAGUUUUGGCAGUGUUUGCAAGCACCAUGCUGGCUCAGUUAGGAGCUUUCUUUAUCAUUAAGGAGAGUAUUGCCUGUCUUCUUCAGCAGAACGAAGUCCAUACAGGACGUCUGCUGUUGGGAACUCUGUUGGCCUGCUUUGUCCACCUGAUAGUUACGUUUGGUGUGAAGAACCGGGCAGUGAACCAUGUGGUAGAGGCAUCUAGCUCUAGUUGGCUGCAGGAACACAUGACAGACAUGAGUGAAAGCCUUUGUCAUAUAGUUCCAGGAUUGAGUAAAAUUCUGCUUCCAAGGCUUAACCCAUUUGUGAUAAUCGCAUUUGCUGGAGGAAUUUCCUUAUUUGCUGUGCACAUCCUCAUAGAUACCAAAAUGUAUUACUCUGCAGACACAUGGGUUGCUGUGUGUAUUGCCAUAAUGACAUGUGGUACUUUAUUUCCCAUGACAAUUUAUACAGGAAAAAUACUUCUGCAGACAGCUCCAUCUCAUAUUCUGGGACAGCUGGACAAAGUGUUAAGAGAAGCAUCAACACUUGAUGGUGUACUUGAAUUCAGAAAUGAACACUUUUGGACCCUUUCGUUUGGAACUUUGGCUGGGUCCCUGCAAGUGAGAGUUCGAAGAGAUGCUGAUGAACAGUUGGUGCUGGCGCAUGUGUUCAGUCGUCUGUCCAGUCUCGUUUCAGUUCUAACAAUUCAGAUAUUCAAAGAUGACUGGACGAGAGCAUCAACGUAUGCCAUGGUGGGAUCUCCUGCAUUUGGUUAUCAAAGUCCAAUUCCAGCUUUAAGCACAAGAGCUCAGUCUCCAGUAGACAUAUCGCUCUCACUCUCAUCGUUUCAGUCACCACCACAGUACAAACCACCACCAGCGAGUUCAUUUGUUGGGGUUGUACCUCCACCAAAACGAUCCACAGACAAUACACGGACUUCUACACUAACCUCUGCUGGUCGGGGAACAUCGGACAUUGCGGGGUUUUCAUCUGUGAAUCUUUCAUAGUCAUGUAAUUGAAUCUCUGCAGUAGAACAAACUCAUUGUAUUUAAUUCUGUUGAAUAAUGGAUGGUGCAUUCAAAGUAAAUCAAUGUUUUGAAAGUAAGCUACACAAUUAUUUUUGUGAUAAAAUAUUUUUUAAGCACACAUUCUUCUUAUAAUCAGAUUAUUUGCGACUUUAAAUGAAGAUUGAUAACUUAUUGAAUGUGUCAAAAAUGAAGGUAGAUAUGAAUGUGACAUAGAAAUGAAGGUAGAUAACUUUAAAAUAUUCAAUGUUCAAACUGAAGGGAGGUAACAUGUUUGUUUGUUAGGCAUUUUUCAGUAAACCUGCUUCACAUCUGCUUGGGCAAGAUAGGAGGUGACUGUAUGCCAGAUUAUUCUGAUAGUUGUGGGUUUGUGCCAACUUGGAGAAGUUAGGGUUUUUUCUGGUUUGCCAACUGGUCAUACUUUGUUAUUUUAACCAAGUAAUUAAGGAAUUAAUAUAAAGUUAUUUCUAGUAUAUUUAAUCUUAGUGCUGGGAAUAUGUGGCUUAGCUACUACAAAAUUGCAUAUUGAAAGAAUUGUAAAAUUCUAAUGUAGCCUAGAUCAGGGAACAUUUUGUUUUUAAAAUCUUGAUUAGCGACAGUUGGUGAUCAGUUGAAUAGAGUAUCGUCUACUAUUUAACAUUUUAGAACGAACUCUGAAAUUUGUGUAGCGAAUCGCAAUGCAUUACUGAACAAAAUGUUACCAGUUGUGUUGGAAUAAUGGAGCAGAAGACUACAGUUUAGUUGACUCCUGAGAUUCUACGCAUUACUAAUGUUCACAUCUAAGCAGUCUUGGCUUUCACUUUAAAGACUCUUAAUGGAUUCCCAACUUUACAAUUUGUACCUCAUGUCAUUACCAACUGUUUUGUCUCGUACGAUCUCUGUUGACAUUAGGCAAAAACCACAAAUUUAGUAUGUUUUUACUUGUACAUAUUAAAAUCUUAUGGUAUAGAUGAUACAUUAUAAUACACUUGCCUUUGUAUUGCAUGUUCAGUUAGCGUUAUUAAAACAAUGCUAUUAA